AUUGUUAUUAGCAUCUGUUCUUGAUCAUCAGCACUCACUCGGGAGAAGAUUCACAGUCUGGGGCAGUCUUUGGAUGUAUGUAUGAGGCUCAUCGCCUUGGGCUCUCAUCAUGUACCCAGCAAGGGCACGAUUAAAAGUUUCCGGCCAAAUGUCGGGGUGCCGAAGAUGCUGCCCAUCUCGAGUGCAGGCGAGGCAAGCAUCCUCUGCAACUCAGGAGGCACUGCAGGAGCAAGAGGAUCCUUUGGUCGAGCCUGUCUGGGUACAAGCAGGUCCUUCCCGGCGUGGACGUUACCCAAGAUUCAGCCGAUCGAAUAAUUACUCUGACGACGCUUCAAACACUCGAGGUCAAGCAAGCUCGUUUGCUGAAUACCCUACGGUCAGACGUCCCCAGCUUCACUCGAGGGGAGCCAUUUCACGAGCUAGGAAUCGGUCACUCCGAGAUUACCUGGAUCGAUUGGCCUGGGAGGAGAUGGGGCGAACCAAAGAUUUCCUAAAACGACAUCCUACUGUCGCUGGACCAUCAUUCGACUCUCUUUCUCGACUAGACACCCAUACAAUCGUCCAUCACUGCAUCAGGACUGGGAGACCAUGGAUGGCAGUUGAGCUCAUGAUAGCAGCUAUUGAUUUUGGUCUGGCCCAAGAACCUAAACGGAAAGGGCGAUUCUCAUCGAGAACACUAUCUCUCUUAUUUUCGGAAUGUGCAGCACGAUUGCAAGCCGGGAUUCCACCGGUUUUACCACGUCCAGACGAUGUUCCAGACUCUCAGGCAGACGUAGAUCCAACUCCUGUCGAUUUCAUCUCUCACUACAGCCGCAUCAUUGGUUCGAUAAAACGUGCUCGAUCGAUCCAGAAGCUGCAAAACCUAUUGGCCCUGCUUGGUCGACUCCAGGACUUGCGACAUCAUAGACCCAUCGAAGUUUACGAAGCGCUCAUAUCUUCCUGCGUGGAGCUUGCGAGACCAGACUUGGCAGCUGGAGUCUACGUCGGCAUGGUGGAGGAGUGGAUUAUGGAAGGGCGUAUAGCGAUCGGCGCUCAAAUCGAACAUUUCUACGACGGGGGCGGCCCACCGGAACAGGGUCGUCACGAGCUGGAGCUCGCCUCCGACUUGCUCAAGACAUGGUGGCAAGGUAUACGAUCUUGGUCUCUACCUGGAGAGGUCUUGUCUCCCCAUGGCCGCAUCGACCUCUGGCAUCCCCGCAAAUUGGCACUGAGCGAGAAGAUGCGAAAUUUUCCACUGCCGAACCCUACUUCCCCGCCAACGCUCGUGCCUGCACCAGCUGAGAAUCUACUUGAAAUGAUCGUUUCUAACCUCCAUCUGGAUCCAGAUAUCGUGUCUUACGAGGAGUUUGCGAUCUCUAUGCGGGCCUGCGCAACCCUAGCCAACACUAUCCAUUCUCGUACAUUACCGUUGCUAUCGAAAGGCACGCUCAUGCGAGCUCUGGGUCGUACACCAUUCAUGCCCAAAGUAUAUCCGGAAGGAAUCGAUCCGAGAAGUCUUUCGGCGCGAGACGAAUGGGCCUAUACGGCGUAUACGCAUAUCCACUUGGCCCUUCAAUCUCUCUGCUGGCGACCUCCGAUAUCUUCAGUCUCUUUGGAAAGAACUCGACAGAUCCAACAGGCCGCAACGCAGGAAGGAGGUGUGACACCUACGAAGCCUUCUGUCAUUGCGUUGUAUGGGAUGGCUCCUCUCAGUAUUCCGGCUUGUCGAGCUCUGCUCAAGUAUGGCUUCAGAAGGCUUAAAGAUCUAUCUGCUGCAAAGCCUUUGUUGAGAUAUGUCUCUUCUCGAUUUGCUCGUCCUCGUCUAUCGGGCAUCAUCACGGAUCUUUUCUAUCAUGCAGUAGGCACCUCGGAUGAGAAAUUGAUGCACGAGACCAAGGAGUUGGUAUUCUCAACGCCAGAAUCGCACAGACUCACAGGAGGACAACAACCCGCGCAAGGCACAAACCCCGAUUCAGUCACCGCCAAGGAGGAUGUCUUUGUGGAUACCAUCAAGAGGUCUACUGCAGCUGAUGUCGCCAAGAUUGGUUCAACCAUGUCUCUCGAUGAGCCUCAAGAACGAUUUAUUAUCUUAUUCGUGUACUACGUCCGGACCCAUCAACCUGAACGGAUCAGGCAGCUCGUUCAUGAGCUGAUCCCGAGUCUCGGUAAAGAGGAGGCAGAUAUCGUCAGGCGGCGAAGAGAGCGAGGGCAGAAAGAUCCUUAUCUUCGUCCUCGACUAUACAAGAAGAUGUUGUGGGCUCUCCGGAUGGUGCGUGAAACGCGACUCGCACAGCAAGUCUUUCACGAGGCAUUGCAAGCGGAUCGAUUUUGGAAGCAGCGUCACGGACUCUGGGGCGAAGAUCGGGAUGAUCAUCGGAUCCUCAUCCACACCUACACUGCCAUGUUAGACGUUUGGAGAGACGUCGCCCUGUUCUCAAAGCGGGAGCGUCAUGUCAGACGGAGGCCUGACAUCUCCGGUCUCGAGCGAUUCUCCGGACCAUAUGGCUACGACUAUCUUCCUGUUCCGAGGCAACCGACUCGAAUGAUCUUGCACAUAUACGGCCUCGCUAGGUCAUCAUGGCUCGAAGCUGCUUGGGAUCCGGAGACUGGUGUAAUUCAUCGGGAUCGGGCGCGGGGGAUCGCCCCGGAUGCCUUGUUACUCUCGACUAUGGUGGAUGCUUGUGGCGCACGAUGGGGUUUGGACCUCCGGUCGAACAAGUUCAUCAGCCCUCGUGGGCGACAGGCUUUCGAUGUAUCGCCCCGUGUCCGACAGGAGAUUCGCAACUUCAUCAUUGACAUGGAACAAUUUGGUCUGGAGAUUCCCCGAAUCUUGCGAUUGCGCGCUAUGGACCCUGCGGAAGCCGCUCGUCAGAGAGACAUGCUUAACAAGAUCCCGGGACGGCGUGAUUUCAAGAAUAUGAAGCGUCGUAUGAAGCAUCGCGAGACGCAAGAUGUGAAAGGCCGGAUUAUUCAAACUACUACCAGAGAGGAAAAAUCUUUGCGGGACAAGGACAUGGCGGCGGAAUUGUGGUCAUGGCAAACAAGAGGUGGUGGACGCAUGUCGAGUCAAGCAGCACAACGAUCUCAGAGUAAAUGGGAGAAAGAUCAGUCCAGACGACAAUCGCUUGAGGAUUCAGGCCCCAUCGAGUUGAGUCAGGAGGAUUACUCUAGGUGGAGUCUAGGUUCAUCAGAUUAAAGCAAUUGCACAUUGUUUGUAUUCAGCAU